GCGAUGACCCACCUCUAGCGUGGGCGCGUGGGCUGUAAAUGAAAUAUAAAUACAGACCUAAAAAUGGAUACAUUAUUUGUUGUAGACAAAGCUGGCCAUCGGGAAUCCACUUUGCCAACAGUUGUUUACAAACGAGAUAGAUUUCUGCUUCAAGAUAAGAGCGAUGGAAUUGGAGAUAACGACCAUUUUGAUGACGAAGUGAAACUUUUCGGACUCAAGUUAGACCAAAAUAAAAUUGACAUUGCAGUGAGCUCUUCAUUGACAGGAUCGGAAAAAUUGAGAUCCGAAAUUUCUGAGAACCUUGAAAGGCUGUCUGAAAAGGUGGCAGAUGCUGUGCAAAGUUCCUUCGUUGGAAAACAGGCAAAGCGAAAAUGGGUAACAGAGCUUGAACAGGGUAGUGGUCUUCUCUUGAGCAUGCGUCAGGAUAAUGUGGAAAAGAAUAUGCUAAGAUCAAGGCGGUUUUUGGAUCCGGGUCUGGAUCAGCGCAAUGCACUUCCUACAGUGAGCAAAAGGUUGCAACCAGUCUUAAAUAAAGUGGAACGCAAAAAAACAUUGGGUACCGGUUGGUUUAAUCUCCCAGCCACAGAAAUCAACGAAGAAAUAAGCAACGAGUUAAAAAUCAUUCAGAUGCGAUCAGUUUUGAAUCCAAAACAAUUUUACAAGAAAAAUGAUUUAAAAGUACUCCCAAAAUACUUUCAAAUCGGCGUCGUAGAACAUUCAGUUUUGGAUCAUUACAAGAAGAAAAACACGAAAUAUACAAAAAAGUCGCUAGUUGACGACUUGCUCCAAGACGAGGCCUUUCAGAAGUUUAACAAGCGAAGAUAUAACAAGGCACUUCAACGCAGUGGAAAAUAUACUCACCGGAAAAACAUGAAAAAAAUGAAAAGAAAUAAGAAAAAAUAAAUCAGAGUUUGUUUAACC